UAACGUUAGAUGAGAGGUCUCCGUUUCCCUGCUUCCGAAUCCGAAAUCCCGUGCAGCGCGGUGACGCCCCCUUUAGUCACGGGAUCAGAUUCUUCGCUUUUGAUUGGCUAAGGCAGCCCCUCCCGGGCGGAUAGUAACCGCGUGUCUGAAUUCAUUCACACUUUGUAGUGGUCAUGUAGACUGCGGUGUUUACUCUCUGCAGAGUUCAGAACACUCGAUGCUUUUAUCUUUCGUUUUUAGGGAAGAGCAGAGACUGUGUCUCGUUUGAUUUGAAGCGUUCGCUUAUCUUGAGUCAUAGGGUCGCUCUGUGUAUAUUUGUACAUAUUUAAUGGUUUUAUCAGAUCUGAAUGUUGACAUGGACAUCAUAGCGCGUGUAGCCGGAGGUCGGAAUGUUUUGUGUUUGUUUGACGUGGACGGAACGCUGACGCCUCCCAGAGAGAAGAUCGACCCUCAGCUGGAUGAAUUUUUCCAGGAUUUACGUAAAAAGGUGAAGAUCGGAGUGGUGGGGGGCUCUGACUAUUCCAAAAUAGCAGAACAACUCGGAGAUGGAGACGAAGUCAUUCACAAGUUUGAUUAUGUGUUUGCUGAGAACGGGACGGUGCAGUAUAAAGACGGCAAACUUCUCUCCAAACAGGCCAUUCAGAAUAAGUUGGGAGAAGAACUACUGCAGGAUCUGAUCAACUUCUGUCUCAGGUACAUGGGCCUCCUGAAACUACCCAAGAAAAGAGGGACGUUCAUUGAGUUUCGUAACGGCAUGUUGAACAUCUCACCCAUCGGCAGAAGCUGCACAUUAGAGGAGCGUCUGGAGUUCUCAGAGGUUGAUAAGAGAGAGAAGAUACGAGAGAAGUUUGUGGCCGCGCUGCAGAAAGAGUUCGCAGGAAAAGGACUGCGCUUCACCAGAGGAGGUUUGAUCAGUUUCGACGUGUUUCCGGAGGGCUGGGACAAACGUCUGUGUCUGGAGGUCCUGGAGCAGGAGGGGUUGGACACCAUCUACUUCUUUGGCAAUGAAACAUCGCUGGGUGGGAACGAUUAUGAGAUCUUCGAGGACCCUCGAACCAUGGGCUUCACGGUUUGUUCCCCUGAAGACACGGUGCGUCUCUGCAGAGCGAUGUUCUUCAACACUCCACCCAACGAGUCGUGACGCCCCCCGCAGGACACUCUGAGUACUGACUGAUGCUAUUAAACCACUACUGAACAUCACAGAUGACUGAUGAAAAGACUCUUCAGCAUGCCCUCGGCUCUUUUAAAUGAGUUCUAUAUUUGAAUGACUUUCUGUAUGGUCUUGUCUUGAUUGUAUGUUGCUUUGCACUGCAAAACAUGAUUAUUCUGUGUCUAAACAUUCUAAGAGAAGUUUACUUACAAAUACAAAUUUUCUUAAUUACUUGAAAUGUUAGUCUAAAAGUGAGUGAUAAUGUGUUAACAAAAAUAAUCUUGUUUUCCUUUUUUAAUUAAGUUCAUUGUUUUGUACAUCACUGGCAAAUAUACUUUUAAAACUUUUUUUUUUUAGAAAACAAGACUUUAGAAAACAAUAGUUUUUCUUUUCAAGGAAAUACAUCUUGAUUCAUAUUAGCGCUAUAAAACAAGACAAAAACACUAAGAACAUCUUUUCUGUGCCGUACACAUGUAAGAGAUUGUGAUUGUUCAUUUGUCAGAUUGUCCCAUCAAACAGUUUUUGGUUUGCGGAACGGCUCUAAAAUAACUAAACCUCCAGAGAAACUUCCAAGAACAUUCAUGUUUGGUUUUCCAAUAAUGCAACAGAAGUUAACGUUAUGGGAUCAUUGUGUGUUUGUUUGGAUGGAAGUCUGUAGUAUGAGGUCUGAGAUGAAUAUUUAUUAACAUGAAAGACGCGUUCUGUCCACACUGCACUAGAUUUGAUUUGUAAAAGAGAUGUAGAUACAUUUAUAAAGUCACCGUGUGUCUGAUUGUUUUAAAUCUGCGCCUUACAAAUAUCUGUGUUUUGAUACAAGACGCUGAAAACAUCAUCUGUACAGAUCUGAUGAGACGUAAAGAGUGUGUUCGUCAUUCCAAAAACAUCUCACAUGAGGGUUUACAGUAUCCGUUACUUCUGUUUAAAUAGGAACAGUAACAGUAUUACAUAUCUGAUGAUGAUUUAAACACUUUCAUUCUCUGAUUCUGUGCGACUCUCAGCAGGAAUGUGGAGAGAUUAUGUGAGUAAAUUGAAUGUUUUGUUACAGACUAUGACAUCAAAUUUUCUUUACUCUUAGUGUCGAGUAAAUGACGAAGUUAAUGCAAUGUGAAUGAAAUGGUUGUUGUCUGGAAUCAUAAACAUGUUAUACAUAUUUGUAGCUAAUUGAUAUGUGUUUGUCU